AUGUCCUCAUGUCUUUUGAAGUUAAUGGAAAAAAUUCUAAACGAGAGGUUACUGUGGUGGUUGGAGCAUAAUCAAAUUAUACAUGACACUCAGUUUGGUUUCAGGAUGAAUAGAUCUUGUAUAGACAGUUUAGCUGCACUGAUUUCAGACAUCCAUAAACAAUUUUAUAGAAAAGAACAUUUAGCAGCUGUCUUUAUAGAUAUUAAGGGAGCAUACGAUAAUGUUAACCCUGAAAUCAUGCUUAACUAUUUGUUGGAACUUAAAAUGCCUAGAUCUUUUAUUAUUUUUAUUCAUAAUUUGAUAUCGGAAAGGAAUAUUCAUUUCAUCAACAUUCCAGGCGACAUUUCUCGCUAUACAUUCAAAGGCCUUCCUCAGGGAAGUGUUCUCAGUCCUACCUUGUUCUCUUUGUACAUCAACAACCUGGAAAAAGUAAUCUUGCCAGAAGUAAAAAUUCUGAAAUUUGCUGAUGAUCUAGCGAUUUAUUCCUCUGGCUCCUCCAUUGACAGUAGCUUAAAGCGUUUGGAACAACAAACGGAAAUUAUUUCCGAGGAGCUUUCCAAUAGAGAUCUGGAAUUAUCUCCGGACAAGUGUAAACUUGUAAUUUUUAAUAGCUCAAAUGUUAAGAUUGGAGGAUAUAAAAUUGUUAUAUCUAACACUACUAUUACUCCAUCCUCUCACGUUAAAUUUCUCGGAAUGGUAUUGGAUAAGCAACUUAAUUGGAACCUACAUAUCAAAUAUAUUAUUCAAAAGUGCGACGUUCCAAUAAGAAUUCUUUGUUGUAUAAGAAGAACUUGGUGGGGGGCGGAUCCCUGUACUAUGUUAGUCCUAUAUAAAUCAUUAAUAAGAUCAAGGAUUGAAUAUGGUGGUUUUUUAAUUUCGCCCUGCAAUCCAAAUCAAUUUUAUAAACUCGAGAAAAUACAGCUCAAAUGCCUCCGACUAGCAAUGGGGUAUAUGAAUUCGACUCCCACCAAUGUGAUAACGGAGGAAUCUAAGGUUCUACUGUUGGAAUAUCGAUUUGAACUGCUGUGCAUUAAAUAUCUUCUAAGAAGUCUGGGUCGUGACUAUCUUUCGUUGCUAGAUUGUCUUGAGGAGAUUAAGGACCUAGCGGAACACCCUUUGUAUUCUAACAACUUUAACAAAUCUACGCUAGUGUACAAAUAUGAGGAAAUCGGGAGUUCUGCUAAUAUUAUCUAUAGGUCUUCAAUUAACAUAUACCAUACUUUAGACUUUAAGAAUCAAUUAGCUGAUAUUAAUAUAGAUCUCUUAAGCGGCGAGAGCAUGAUAGAUGCAAAUAAUGCUAAUGCGUUGUUUCAGGAUACUUUUUAUUCUAAACUGCCCACUUUUACCUUUAUCUUUACGGAUGGCUCAGUAACGUCUCGGACAGACGAUGGCGCAAUGGUUGGAGUGGCCAGUUGGUCCGCUAAUGAGCAAUUUACCGCUAGCUACAAAAUUUAUGAUUUAGGCUCUAUUUUCACAGCUGAAGCUACAGCUCUCCACCAAGUUCUUAAAUUAAUAUUGAGUGCAGAAGUCAGUAAUUUUCUGAUUUUCUUAGACUGCAAAAGUAUUCUGAAAGCUAUAGCUAACGGAAGAAAUCUUAGACACCAGUCAUAUUUAAUUCAAGAAAUAUAUGAGUUACUAAUUAAGUGUAAGGAAAAGAAUAAAGUGAUUCAAUUGGUCUGGAUUCCUUCCCAUUGUGGCAUCGCUGGUAACGAGAUGGUGGAUGGGCUGGCUAAACAGGCUGCUCGUGAAGGCACCUUUUUAGACCAGGCUCUCCCCCAUUCUGACGUUGUCUGUAAAUUCAAGGCUCAAUUAAUAGCAAAGAAUAGGAACGCCUUAAAUAUGAAAGCUACAAGAGGUCUGAAACAAAGGUCUGUUAUAUUUUCAAUUGUUUAA